AAAUUAUAUCUUGUUACACAUUCCAAUCAAUUUAAAAUAUAGUAAUAUUAUCUUGUUCUAACAAUUUUCAUUUUUCAAGAGGAUAAGAAGAAAAAGCUGAGUAUGAAGACCAACUCAAUCUCCUCGUUACUUCCGUACCCAAAGAUCGUCGUAUUUCCCCCAAUUAAUUUCUCAAGCACAGCUCCAUUUUCACGGCAGGUAAAAUUUCUGAGUAUAAAUUGCAGUAAUAGGUCGGAAAAUGGUGAUUUGAAGGAUGCAUUGACUGGUAUGGUGGACGAAAAAGUAGAACAACUUUUGAAGAGAGAAGAAAACAGGGUUUUACUUGAUGGGUUGGAGAAAGCAACGCUGAGAGUAGAAAUCGCAAAGAAAGAACUUGCUGAAAUUGAAAGACAAGAAUUGGAGGCUAAAUUGCUAAAGGAUUAUAUCACUCAGCUCGAAAUUAGAACUUCCGAGAUUGCAGAAUGCCAGAAAGAUAUUUUAGAAGCAAGAUCAAUGAUUGAAGAAGCUGAGCGUUCCCUCAAAGUUAGUGGUGAUGCUAGAAGGAGAGAUGCAACUGAUGGGGAUGUAGUGAAUAGAGACGAGGAGAGAGUAGAAUCCAUAAAAGCAGCUUCACUUUCUGCAAUUGUUGGCACGCUUGCAGGACUUCCCAUUUUCUUAAGUCGGAUCAACAGCAGUUCAGAGUUAAUACUCCCUCUGUCAGUCACAUUUAUUAGUUGUGCUUUGUUUGGUGUAACCUUCCGCUAUGCUGUAAGAAGAGACUUGGACAAUUUUCAGCUCAAGUCAGGAACAUCUGCAGCAUUUGGCGUUGUCAAAGGCCUUGCUACACUUGGAGGUGGACCACCAUUGGAGUUGGAUGCAGCCAGCUUCUGGUCUCAUGCGCUUGAUGGCGCGGUCUCUGUCUCUGAGAAUCUUUUGAUCUUUCUUUUUGCUGGAGUUGGCCUGGAUUUAUGCUUUAAGCUGAGGAUUUUGAGCCCUUUUCCCAUUGAUAGAUCAAUUUCAGAGACCGAUAAAAUUUGAAUACCUCUUUGCCUAUUUAUUAUUUCUAAGUAUAUAUACAUAGAGAGUAAAUUAACUUUGUAACAAUUGCUCUAAAUAGAAGUAUACUUGAAAA